AUGGGGUUUCCUACAACCUAUACCCAAUGGGUUAUGGAGUGUGUUAAAACUGUAAGCUACAACAUUCAGAUAAAUGGAGAGCCUACCAUGCCUUCUGAUGCUGCCAUAGGAUUAAGGCAAGGUGACCCUAUGUCACCUUUCCUGUUUGCAAUUGACAUGGAAUACCUUAGUAGAAUCUUAAAUGCUCUUAAGGAGGUUAAGGAGUUCCAUUUUCACCCAAGGGGUGAUUUAGCUUCUGUAACUGUCCUACAAGCAUGCUUUGUUAUGCUUUCUCAGUCCUCUGGUUUGCAGGCUAACCUUGGGAAAAGUUCAGUAUAUUUUGGUGGAGUCUCACAAGCUGUUCAGGAGAGCAUCUUACAUAAGUUGGAGUACUCUUGUGGGGAAUUACCUUUCAAAUACUUAAGGAUUCCCCUUGCUGCGCAGAAAAUAUCCCUUAUUCAAUGGUCGCCCCUUGUUACCAAAAUACUGCAAAGAUCUCAUCUUGGACAGCUAAGAAAUUAUCGUACGCAGGCAGAGCUCAACUCAUAA